AUGCUAGGAGCAUCCCGCUUCACGCAAGUGAGGGACGGGAUUCGAAGUCCUCUCCUACGUCAACGAUUGAAGAUCAGAGACGCCGCCGAGUUUGCCAAGGAAAGUAAAAUAAGAAGACCGCCAACCCGAUGGUCAGAUUUCUCCACGAAGUCCUUCAAAGAAAAAUAUGAUGCUCUUCGUGUCCCACGCGAAAGGAAGAACCACUGGGCUACUCUGGCACGCGAUCGGGACAAAUGGAAGAAUUACUGGCGCCCGCUCGACCAGUUCGAAGAUCAACGGGAGUCAAGGUGA